AUGCAUGGCGGAUGCUUUGUGCAUGCCUGUGACACGUGCUUUUCGUCGGGCCACGCAGCACGCGCGCAAGGCCACACGCUUACGCCGGAGUCCUUGGCUCGUGAAGAAACGGAUGUCAUGAAGGUGGGGUCGGGCCCGGGUUUUGUUUCAUGCAUGCAUGCACAUCCUUGCGUACUCACGCAGGUUGACCAUGGUCAAGAAGCCUGGGAUGUAAUGAUGUGGGCUCGCCGCGAACCACUUUAUGGCCUCUACAAGCGUGUGAUGCAAGCAGAGGGCUUGGAAUCCUGGAUUAUGCAUGUAUGA